UGUACCAAACAUUGAGUUACAGGCUUACAGCUCUUACAAUCUGGACCACAACUGUGCUGGCAGUUUACAAACAAGGCAUAUCAAAAGGUGACUCUGGAGACAGUCUGCGGCUCGAUAUAUUUCUAAACGUCUAUCUGUAGCUGACUGAAGCUAGAAGAUGGCAAUGAAACCUGUAGCGGCGGAUGUGAACAUUAUCAAGGUUGGAGCGUUUGGGGACGUGUUUAGACCAUGGUCUCCCGAGUACUCAUUCCGCGUACAUUUAUGGAAAAAUCAGAGGAAAACUGAAGAGGAGGUUUUCGCUGUCGAGGCUAAUCUUAUGAAGUCCAACAUACUAGACGUCCCUAGAUUUAUACCUGUUGACUUUGCCGAUGAGCGAGCCGUCAUGAUUGAGAUUACAGACAUUGAUGAACAGUGGGAUAUAAAGCCAGAGUUAAAGAUUCAAAGUAUUCCAAUUUCGCACGUCAUGCACUCGCCUGAGAACUCCGUGACUUUCAAUCUGAGUACAUACGGGCCCGAGGAUUCCUUCUUUAGUCCCGAUAUCGACGUAGCCAUAUACCAGAAUCCUGAGAAGAAAGUUCGUCUGUCUUUCAAGCCUCAGGAACAUUAAAUUGCAUAUGAGUGGUUUCUUCACCAAAAAGGCACCUGGAGAAUGUACGGAGCUUUUUGUGAGCUAAGCACGGGACAUAUUCCUCUGUAGUGUCAGCGGGGAAGAAUGCUACAGCUGGUGAAUGGGCUUUAC